AUGUCGUUUCUGCUUGCCAUUGUGCGGAUCACAGGGUUUGUCCUGUUUUUUAUGGCGCUGUUGCAUGUCAAGAAGACACGUCUCCGGCACCUGCCUUCACGGCGCACGCGCGUCUCUCGCCACCAUGGAGAAACGUGCGUCUGGAUGGAGCGUCUCGCUAACGCCGUAAUUGAGAUGUUCUACGUGUCGCUGCAGGAAAAAGAGACGACGACGACGACGAUGAACGAUGAGAAAGAAAACCGGGGGCGGCAGCAGACCGCAACAUUUGACGCAGCCGGCUCUCGGCUUCGAGGUCAGGGGAAUAACACCCGCAGUGAGGACAGCACGGGUGUGAAAGGGGCGCCUCGGCGACUGCUAGAUUUCAUUGAAGAACGACUGGAAGCCAUGCUUGAGGACCGUGGUAUUGCGGCAAAUGCGACUUUUAAGGUCCAUUCCAUCGGUCACAGGCCGCCGAGUGUGCGUGCCAUUCGUGUGACAAAUCUCACAGGUACGGAAUUUACUUCGAACUCACCCGCAACCCCCCAAGCAGGGGUUGGUUCUGUUGCGGCAGGUAACUCUUCUAUGGCGACUACAAUUCCAUGUACCCCUGGUGUUCCUGCUGCCACUAACACUGCAGGGGCUGUAUCGGCAGGCGUCAGCAAUCCGGCAUCCCAAAAAGUGAAGGGCCGUAGCGCGCAGCUUGGGCCGCAUGCCCCGGAUGAAAUGGGGGAAAUGCGGUCCGCUGAUGCCCUCUAUGAAGAGACAUUGGGUGGAAACACGGCAUCGCUUCCAGCAACUGCCGUGGAAUUGGAAGCAGAAGUAGAAUACUCUGGUGGUGCAGAUUUCUCGCUUCAAGCGGAUAUUUGUUUGGCGCGUGGUAGACUUCUUCCGGUGUCUGUUAGAGUGAAUGAGGUAAAAUACAUUAAGGCCCACGUUCGUGCGUGUGCAAAGCUGCAGUAUGAAAGAGCGACCAUGGAUAGUCGGCGAAAGCCAUAUCUUCAGUGUACUUUCUGGCUGGAGUCCGAGCCAACAUUUUCUCUCAAAAUGUCAACUCUCUUCACCCGAUACUAUAUCAAUGACUUUUUUGCUGUGCCUUUGAUAGCCAAAUUCUUCUUGUUGCGCUUUGUGCGGCAUCGAAUGAUGCUACCCAACGGUGCGGGCGUGACGGUCAAAGUUCCCCUGCCGGAGAACAUUGUGGAUGGCGGAACGCAGAUGUGGUGCGCCUCAAUCAAUGAUGUUGCAACAGCCGUGAGCUCCGUGAAUGGUCGAGGGCCUUCUCGUGGCGUUGGAUGA